GAAAGUAAAAUGUGUGCGCGACAGCGAGCUAGUUUAUUUCUUACAUAGUUUGAACCGCAGUUUUUAUUUGUUAUCUGAACAUAAUUAAGUCAAGGCAUGUGAUUUCUGUAUACUUUUAUGUUUUAGCUGUUAGCAGUAACUAGGAGGCUACAGCUGUUGUAAAUUUGCUUUUGGUUUGGUCUUCCGAGCAACGGAAGGACGCAGCGCAUUUCAUUGUGCACAAUGGAAAACCCGCGAUUACCAGAGAUAUUCGAUGACGUGAAGCUUUCUGUUGAUCCAUAUAUGUUUUUGGAGCCACAGAGAGUUCUUAAAAAACUUAAAGACAUGAGCGUAAAAGAGCAGGUCAAGGAUUCGACGUUAGUGGUUCGAGGACCAUAUAAACAUAUCGAGGAUAUUUACGUAAACUUGUCACGCUUGGGUAGGAACAAAAAAACAAACGGAGCACAUGAAGCAAGGAGCAGCCAGUAUCACCAUACCUCACCACGACCGAAAGCAGCUCGCUGUACACCAGCUGAAUCCGCUGAAAUCGAUGCUGCUGUCGUCCAUUACAUCAAAGAAAAACAUGCCGCUCAACUUGAUCAAAUAACACGGACCGGAGUCGACUUACAAAUAGGCAAAAAACACGUGACUUUUCGUCCGCUGAAUAUAGAACAGAGAAUAGUAGCUCAGUUAGCCAGAGAGCGCUUUGUAACGUUCUAUCAAAAGAUUGCAACAGCACUGCAAGCCAGGACAUAUUAUUUAAAUACCACCCAAAGGCAUUCAUUACUCCCAAUGUUCCCAGAGCUUCUACACAGUACUGCUCAAGGUAAACAUGAAAUAACACUGACUGGGAACUAUCUUGAUCUUGAACGAUUUGAGCAAUAUUUACGGAGUCCUCCUAAAACAUUUCCUCAGAAACAAACCAGUCACACAGAUAAAGUCAGUAGGCCCAUAACAAGCCCACCAGCAUUACAAAAUAAGCCACAGGACAAAGAUGAAAUUUGUUCCAUUUGUUUGGAACCACUGGUGAACUUACAAGUUAAGACUCUGGAGAAAUGUAAGCACACGUUCUGUAAAGACUGUUUAAAAGAGGCUUUCAACAUCAAGCCAGUUUGUCCUAUGUGUGGAGUAAUUUAUGGAGCAUUGAAAGGGACCCAACCCAAAGGAGGCAAAUUACAGCCUACAGUGACAGCGUCUCACUUACCAGGUUAUGAAAAAUAUGGAACAAUCAUCAUUCGCUAUUAUAUUCCAAGUGGAAUACAAGGGGAUGAGCACCCAAGCCCAGGUGAGCCGUAUGAAGGCACAUCACGCAUCGCCUACUUACCUGACUCCCCAGAGGGAAGGAAAGUUCUUAAGAUGCUCACCCAGGCAUUUGACCAGAGGCUCACCUUCACGAUUGGGCGCUCAUCAACGACUGGGAAGUGCAACGUGGUUACCUGGAAUGAUAUUCAUCACAAGACUUCACGUGACGGCGGACAAACCUGCUACGGUUACCCAGAUCCUGACUACCUGAAUCGGGUGCAAGAGGAAUUAAAAGCAAAAGGAAUCUACUGAUGUAUUUCUGUGCUGCGCACGUUAUGCUACUAAGCAACAAGCUGAACUACCAACAGUUAAUACUAUGUCUUAUGACUAAAAUGUAACUAGAGAUGAAAUAUUAAUUAACAAAACGUGUGUGUGUGUGUGUGUGUGUGUGUGUGUGUGUGU